AUGCCAAAGAAAGAGGUGGAAAACACAGAUGAGGGUAAUAUGAUGGACGGAGAAAUGUCCGACCACGAGUCGUUGGAGCCGAAGCUCAAGUACACGACGGGACGUCAUGCAAAGAAGUACGAGACCUUGAAGGCAAAGGCGAAGUUUUAUUUCGUGCUCCAUAUGAUCAAGAACGGGGAGAAGCGAACCCGCGGAUCAAAGACUAUCCAUGCCUAUCACAUGGUCCCCCACUUUGCGAGAGACUGCGAUACCGACUACACCGACACGGCCUUCGGUGUGGGACAGAGUGCGAAACAAGCGGUGGCCUCUCUUACGAACAAAGUCCAGACUUUCGUUAGACGAUGGAAGCGCGCGACCGAAGCCAGGAGGGCUCAAACGAAUGCUGAGCUCACGUUUGGGAACGAGCGUGAAGACUCCGCGGCCUUGGUCAUCCUCAUUAUGGGGCAGGGGAACAGUCCACGCGACGACGGCGAGCCCUCGGGGCGCGAAUUCGACCGCCGGAACUUCAAGUCCAUUCGAGGCAUAUCGCGCGCAGUCUUAGAAGAAACAACACUCGAUCUCGUCGAUCCUGAGAGGACGUUGUCCCCUGGCAGCUGUCGUGUUACACGUCGGACGGAGGGAUCGUUCCAUCAUGCAGUCUUCUUGAGGAUUGAGCGCGAAGAUGAAGUUCCGCAGGAGUAUGUUCUCAAGAUACCUGCACACGGUACACCGAAAGAGUGGGGUAUGAACGACCGUAUGAUGUUGGAAUGUGAAGCUCAGUUACUGAAGCAUAUCCGCCACCAUACAGACUGCCCAGUACCAGAGGUUGUCGCAUACGACGGCGGCCUAAACAAUGCGAUAGGCGCGCCGUACAUACUCAUGAAGAAGAUGGAAGGUAUGGCGGCAACGGAUCUGUGGCUCGGUAAACCCUAUAGGAUGUUCAAAAGUGACGAUCUGCACCUUGAGGCCGACGACCCUUCGCCGGAGGUCGAGCAAAAGCGCGUUACCUUUCUGCGUUCACUUGCGCAAGCGAUGAGCCAGCUCGCCACACUCGAGUUUCCAUAUACUGGCGUCCCUAGCUACGAGUAUCCGGAAGACAAGAACCCAAAGUUCAUCGCGCCGGCCUGGCGGUGGCACUGCAAGAUGAACAUGGAAGAGCCGACGUCUUAUGGAUCAUUUGCAUCCAGCGAAGCUUUCUUCGCCGCUGGCCUCGACAGGCUAAGCGAGCCCGAGAAUACUCUCGAUAGCGAUGGAAUGACAGAAUUCGGUGUACAAAUAGUGAUGAGGAUCAUACUGUCUUUGGCUCCGUUCAAGCCGUCCACGCCCUCUCAGGUUGGAAUCUCUCCGGCUGGGUACGGUAGCCACACUGUGCCGGUACGCGAAACAUUCGUCAUCCGACAUGAUGAUCUCGACCUCCAGAAUAUCCUGGUAGAUGAAGAUGGUAAUGUGACUGGCAUUAUCGACUGGGAUGCUUGCGCAGCGGUGCCGCGCUGCACUGGCUACGCGUCCAUGCCUACCUUUCUUCGUCGCGACUGGCUCCCAGACUACGGCCUAGGUCGGCUGCCACAUAUGACUUGGGCCAUCGAGCGCUACCGCGAGGUAUACACCCAGGCUAUGAAGGAGUUCUGUCAGCCUUCGGAUGUAAACUUUACGCGCAAGUCCGCGAUGUAUCAGCUGGUGUUAGCGGCCUUGGAUAAAGACUUUCGGUGUAGGGAUGUUGUGACGCUGCUGCUGAGGGAAAUGCCUGAGUACAGACGCGUUGAUGUGAAUUCGUUUUGUCGGAGGCUGGGGCAGGGUUGGCCGGCAGCUGAAAAGGCGUUGAGAAUGAAGAUGGUGGAGUUGUUGAAGCCGGAGUGA